UGACUGCCAUCCAAAAUUGCCAGCUCUAUUUAGUCUAUUUGUCUUCAGGUGUUUGGUAAGAUUUUGUUAAUCUGAGUUGAGAAGAAAGAGCAUUUAUAGUAUGAAUAUAACAGAAACUAAGCAAAAAUAACAUACUUGCCACCAAAUAGAGCCGGCAACAUCGGAGUGCUAUCAAACAUUUUUACGCAUGCUGAGCACAGAACGUAAUCUGACGUGUCCUUGACUUGUCAAAAUAUUUUCAUACUUCAUAACCUAAGCUGAAGAUUGAUAUAUUAUUGCCAAUCGGCUUUUUCUAAACGUAUUUUAUAAAUUUGUCGAUUUAACUUUAUUUUAAAGUGUUUUUCUAUGGCACAGAUAUCCAAAACUUCACACAUACCAGAUUGCACAAACAAAUGCCAUUCCACUAUUCAUGGGGAUAUUAUAACAUCAGCGGUAACUAAGAAAGCGGUUCGCGACCAGGAUUUAUGUGUAUAUCUCAAUUAUGUAUGUUGUUGUUGCGAAUCUGUUAGAGAUACACAAGGACGCACUGCGUUACAUGUAGCAGCCUCUUGUGGUAGAGUGAACCUUCUCCAAUGGUUAGUGCAGAAACGCCUGGCAAACGUAAAUACCAGGGAUGUUGAGUCAGGAUACACCCCAUUACAUAGAAGCAUUUUUUAUGGCAAGCUUGAGACUGCAGUUCAGCUUUUAAAAAUGGGCGCAAAUGCUACAAUUCAAGAUGCUGAUGGUUUAACAUUUAUUGAACAUGCUAUGUUAGAUGGACCCAGCCCAGAUAAAAGCGAUUCUGGUGAAGUAUAUACUUGGGGCACCAACUGUAACAAUGCAUUAGGUCCCCAGCAAUCUAGGAAUGUACCUGAUAUUCUGGAUGUUUUUCACAAGAAGUAUCCCAAUGAAUUUGUUAAACAGAUUUGUUUAAGUCAGUUUCAUAGUGUAAUUGUGACAGUUUCAGGUAAAUGUUAUUCCUGUGGUCAUGGUCAAGGAGGUCGUCUUGGUUUAGGUAUACAGCAUACAGAAGUAACCCCCAAACGGAUUAACUUUCCUGACAAAUCUCAAAGUGAUUUUGUUUGUGUACAAGCUAGUAUUUCUCGCGAUCAUAGUUUAUUUUUAACUAUAGACGGCAAUAUCUAUGCUUGCGGCUCAAAUAAGCAUUAUGUGCUGGGCAUCUCCCCUCCGCCUGACCAACUGUUAGUGCCGAAACAAUUGAAAAGCUUGCCGAUUCAUCUAAAAGGUGUUGAUGUUGGCUAUUAUCAUUCUCUUGCAUGGGGACCAAAAGGCCUGUAUACGUGGGGUUUAAAUGGUGGACAGCUUGGUCAUCAAUUGAAUAACAAAAACGAUGAUAAAUUCAUUUUUACUCCAAAAUUAGUCAAAGUUUUUAAUUACAAUGAAAUUUCUUUGAAACUUGUUUGUUGUAGCAAUGGAGCUACCAUUGUUUAUACCAAAAAAGGCGAUUUGUAUGCGUUGCACGAAUAUCAGUGUAAAAAAAUUGCAUCCAGGCAGUUAAAUUUGGUUCAAAUCAGCUCGGUUGGCGGUAAAUUAAACUGUACUCUAGAUUCAACACUAUCAUCCAAAGAAAACAGGGGACUAAAAGUUGCAGCGCUCACAAAUGCUGGAAACUUGCUAAUCUGGCAGGAGUCUGACCAGACACUGCUUCGAUGUGUAUUUUCUGUGAACAGAGCACUUGUUUUAAAGCAAUUUAUCCUCAAUCUUAAUGAAGUUCUGUUCAUUACAAACAAUGGGGAGGGUUUCAGAGGAGCUUUUAAAGCGAGAAAGAAAAAGCCUACUUCUGAGGAAGACAGUUCAUCAGCCAAGAGUGAGUUCCAUAAGUUUUUGGAAAAAGAUCAGUGCAUUUUUGUUAAGCUACAGAAAUUGCCAAGGAUUCAUCGAGCCUUAAAUGUGCAAAGCGAUUUGAAAGGAGAAAAUUAUUGUAUUAUUCAGGCCCAUCCUUACAAAAUGUAUGAAUUUCCUGAUAUAGCGGAUUCAGAGAUUUCGAAAGACUUCCUGUUGUUAAUGGAAUUAGCUAAUCCAUCAGACAACAUACAUGAUGUAGUGUUCCAGAUUGAUCGUUCUAGAUUUUACGUUCAUCGAUAUAUUUUGUCUUCGGCAAGCGCGUAUUUGGCCAAAUGCUCCUCCACCUAUGACCAGAAACCUAUUGUUCUGGAAGGUUACCAUCCCGAUAUUUUCCAGCAACUUCUGUUAUUUAUUUACACCAAACGCUGUGAUCUUAUAGUUCCUGGUGAGCUGAAAAACCUUAGAUUGAGAAAUUUGUAUGAGAACGUGCCAAAGCCUGCCGGUAAAGUUGAAAAAAUGAAUCCUGUACGAAUGCUUCAUGAAAUGGCUAAGAGAUUUGAAGUUGUAGAGUUGCAAAAGAUAUUAAGCAAUUUGGAUUUUCAACAUGGAGUAAUUAAGAUGAAAGUUGAUAAUGCUUUUAGGGUGGCGCCUUUAAAAUUCAAUAGGUUACUAUACCCAGAUUAUUAUGAUGUAAACAUUGUUUGUAAGGAUGGUGGUGUAAUUGAGGCUCAUAAGUGCGUUUUGGCUGCCAGGCUCGAUUAUUUUAGUAAUAUGUUUUCAAGCCGAUGGAGUGGGGAAAACAGUGGCAAAGUAAGCUUUCCUUUUUCGGCGAGCGCAGUUUUAGCGCUUUUGGAAUUUCUUUACACGGAUUCCCUUUCGGCGUUAGAAAACCGCGACAUUGAUCAACUAUUUAAAAUUCUCAUUAUGGCCGAUCAGUUUUUCGUCGUCAGACUGAAAGAAGAGUGCGAAUUUCUUUUGAGCAACUUGUUGAGUUUAAAAAACGCAAUACAAUUACUAAGACUGGCGAACGCUUAUAAUGCACAAAAGCUCAAAUAUUGCUGCAUGAAUUUUAUUGUUUCCAACAUCGCUCCGUUCUUGGAGUUGAGACUUUUGGACGAAUUGGAACAGGAACUGCUUCAGCAAUUGUCUCAGGCCUAUUACGAAAAUAAUCCGCAGCUUUGGUGUAGAGUUAUUACACCAUAUUCGACCGCAGUAUCAGAUGAAGAGGUCGUUAUGGUAAGCGUUAGGUUUCCGAUAGAUUUGGAUGAAGAGAGCGUCAAAAUGAAAUCAAAAUCCAACUCGAGAAAAAGAAUAAGGUCUCAUAAAGUCAGUGUUUCUGAAACUUCCUUGACAAAACCUAAAGCUCAUGUUUUGAACAGAAGCGGGAUUGGUGUAGGAAGUUUGAACCUCGACAAAGGAGAAUUUGAAGAUAAGUUCACUGUUUUGUCCAAGAAGACUGAUGAAAUUAAUUUAAGUUCUUCUUUUACUGAUGACAAUGAAUUUCCACUGCUUGAACUGAAUUCGCCUUUAACUUCAGUUUGGUAUGGCAAUAAGCAACACAAAAAUGAAAAGCACAGGAUGAAUAAGGUUUCACAAAAGCAAAGGAAGAGGCUUUCUUCACAGAAUAACGAGUCGGAGAAAGGUGAAUCCCUAGAAACAAUAGAGAAGAAGAAUCCGUGGAAAAUGGAUUUAACAAUAGGCAGUCCCAAUAACUCAACAUUGGAGGAUAAUAUGGAAAACAUCAUGGAGAGCGAGAAGCGCCAAAAAGAAAACUUGAUUAAAAUCAAGAGUAAAUCGCUGGCACUUACACAAUUGGAAGAUAAAGCUAUAGAAGAGCUUAGAAGUUUUUACAACAUUGAAAAUACUGUCGAUGAAGUAAUCACCAUUGAACGCGUCUCGAUUGGGGUUAUAGCGUCACCCGUGUGGGUUCCAAAAAUUAAAUAGUUUCCAUUUAAGACAAUACUUUGGUGGGCAACAUCGGCACCUUGAAUUUUCAAUGUGUUAUCUAUCUCGACUUCUAAAGUUACAUACAUGUCUUUAAUUUUACCUUUUUACUUUUUUUUUUG